AUACAAUCAGAUGUAGUACUUUAUUCUGUACUACAAAAUUAUUAGUAGCAUCCAAAAAAACAAAAAACAAAAAACCAAAUAAAACAAAGCCACUAAAAAAAUAGUUUCAAUCGUGACCGUUCAUUUUCCUCUCCGACGAUUUGCCGGCGACGACACGGAAAUCGAGAAUUUCGGUGAAGAAUCAGCCCUUGUCGUAAGCAACAAAAAUACUAGAAUAUUCUUUUUGAGGUGAAUUUAGUAGUGUUUGAUAUUCUUAAAAAAGGUUAUGGAGGCGCGUCCUGCUUUAUCCGUCCAGAGGGUGGGCGCACACCAACUCAGUACUUUUAGAGCAUCAGGAGCUCAUUCUUCAUUACCUGUACAUCCAGCAAGCGUGGAAGUUUCUUCAUUGCCUUCAAACAGUGGGGCUGUUGGUCAUUUGUUUUCCUCGUCAUCAGGAUUCUCCACCAAUCUUCACUUUUCAUCUGUUCUGCCUCAUGAAGAGCAUUCAGCACCUGCACCUUUCAUUUCUCAGCCAACAAAUAAUGAGGCAUCAAUCCCCGUAGCUAAUUACGGAGUUCUUCAAUCUGCAGCAUCAAGCCAGUAUGUUAAUGAAAAUAUUGAACCCUGGUGUACAGAACCAUUGCCUGAUUACCUUGAUUACUCGAUAGAUACCCCUGUCCACAACACUCAGCUAGAUUGUAGAAAUACAGAUAAUUGUCACAUCCCACAUGAGGAUCUUAGUAAACAAAGUGAUUGGCCGGAAUGGGCUAACCUUGUAAUGAAUGAUGACGAUGCUCUGACUUCUAAUUGGAAUGAGAUCAUGGUUGAUACUAGCAUUGCUGAUGCAGAGCCAAAGAUGCAAUAUCAGGAAAAAAACCAACCUUCAAAUUUCCCUGUACACCAAGUCCAACCAUUGCAGCAGAUUCCUACUGCAUCUCUAGAAACAUCUGCUGUUCCUGCAUCAUCCACUGCAAGUGGUUCUUCAUCGAAGCAACGGAUGCGUUGGACACCAGAGCUUCAUGAAGCCUUUGUGGAAGCAGUCAACAAGCUUGGUGGAAGUGAAAGAGCUACUCCCAAGGGUGUGCUAAAGUUAAUGAAAGUUGAAAGUUUGACAAUCUAUCAUGUAAAAAGUCACUUGCAGAAAUAUCGAACAGCUAGAUAUAUACCAGAAGCAUCAGAGGGAUCCUCUGAGAAGAAAGAUUCAUCCAUUGGUGAUUUGUCAGCUCUGGACUUAAAAACGGGUAUUGAGAUCACUGAAGCAUUGCGGUUACAGAUGGAAGUUCAGAAACAGCUGCAUGAGCAGCUUGAGAUUCAAAGAAAUCUGCAGCUGCGUAUAGAAGAACAAGGGAGAACCCUCCAAAUGAUGUUUGAGAAGCAAUGCAAGUCGAUGCCCGGUAUUGACUUGGCAAAGGGCUCAUCAUCCGUGGCAGAGGAUGCAGUUCAAAGUUCCUCAAACAAAAAUGAUCCUGUAGUGUCAGUGGUCGAUAAUCAUGAAGCAGGAAAUCUUACGACUCAAAAGGUGGGGGAGAAGCAGAAAGAGCAGGAAAGAGAAGAUCUUGGAAAUCCUGAGACAAAUAUUACUAGCUCAUCAAGCGCGCCACCGUUAAAGCGUGCUAAAGUAUAUGAAUAAUCUUUUACAGUUCACAAACCUUUUGGUAGGAUAUUAAGUUCUAUUUGAUGCUGGGAACAACAAAUCCUUUGAGUAGACCAGCUUUUAACAUUUUUGGUAUCCCUUCCAUAGAUUAUUCAGAUGGGCAAUGGAUUGUCCUUUAUUUCAACAUACAUGAUAAAGUUGUUAAUAUAUGAAAAUUUUAGAGCAACUCUUGAAAGAAAUGAGGAUUUUGAAGCUGCAUUUGUAGCACUCCUGA